AUGUACAGUGUCCAAGCAUCUGAACAGGAGGGACGAAACUUUCCUAGUGACUCCUACAAGAUCCUUUGCUCAAGGCUGGGUCAACAGCCAAGAACCGUACCGCAGCCGGGAUGUUGCGAGGGGGAAUGCCGCGACCGGAGAAGCAGAGGCACCGUGCCAGCGGCGGCAGUUUGCGCUGCGUCGCCAGACUGUGAGAGGCCUGAGCGAGCGGCGCGGUCAAGGCGGUUGGGCCGGAGAAGGGUCGGUCCGGUGCUGGCGGAGGGCGGCGGCGAGGGUUGGGGGCGGGGGGUUUUGGCUGUUUGGGGUGAGAAGGGGAUGGCGGAAUGCGUGGGCGCGACACCGUGGCAAGUAAUGGCUGUGUUCGCUGUUCGGUUUGUGGUCCGCUGCGAGAGGAAACGCUGCUGGUCCUGA